UUUUCUUCUUUAUUUUUUUUUUUUUGUUCAUAUAUGUAAUAAAUACUUUAUAUAUCUUCUCUGCACAAACCAUUUUUAUUUAUUUAUUUCGCAUACUCAAUUAUAUUUUUUUUCUUCUUCACUUAUCUUUUACAUAUAAACAUUUCAUAUUCUUUUUUCUCAUUACUUAGAUUCAUUUUUCAUAUUAUUACAUACACUCCUCCAUUUCUACCCCUCCACUUUUAUAUAUAUUUAUAUAUUUAUAUCAUGUUAAGUACAACAAACUUACCAGAAAGAAAUUUACUAACAGACAAUAGCUGUCAUCAAUUUGUCUUAUUUCCAUGGAUUCGUAAAAAACAAAGUAGCUGGUCUCUUUAUUCAAUUCUUAAUAAGCAUCAAUCAUCAAUUCUAUCAUUGCCAUUAUCUGCUGAAUCAUCAAUAACCAUUAUACCCGAGCAAGAAGUUACUGUAGCACCGCCACCUUCUUAUGAUGAUCCUUUACAUCCAUGGGCACUUCAAAUUCCAAAUUAUUUAUUAAACAGAAUUCAUGUUAUUCCUAGAGAAGAAGAAGGAAAAGAGAUUUUACCAGAAUACAGCUGUUCGGUAGAUAAGAUGACUUAUAUGCAUGUCAAAUGUGAAUUCAGUAAGCCAAAUAUUAGGUCAAAGAAUAGAUCUUGGAAAGAUUAUUAUAUAUUAGUGUAUGGUACUCAAAUUAUGGCAUAUUAUCGUAAUCCAAGGAAAAAGAAAAAUGCAGUACCCGUUUGGAAAUAUACAAUGCAAGGAGCAGAAGUAUCAGUAGCAUCAGAUUACACAAAAUUUCGCCAUGUGAUUCGUUUAAAGAUAGAAGAUGGUCCACAAUUUUUAUUUACUAUGUUAACAGAGACAGAAAAAAAUGAAUGGAUUAAUAUUAUAGAGUCUUCAAUUCAUAUCAGCUCUGAUUUAGAUAUGCGAAAGAUGCCUCAAUUUACUACAUUUCGAAGAAGACGUCGACAUCAAAGAUCGUCUCAAACAACGGAACAACAACAGACAAGAUAAAGAAUCCAUCGAUGUAACUAGCUAACUAACUAGCAAAAAAAAAAAAAAAAAAAAAAA